UCACUACUACCCGGAAGGGGGUGUGUUUCACAGCCGUGUUAUUGUAAGUUUAGGUUGCGUAAAGUUAGGUUGUUAGCUAGGUAGCUCGCAGGUUACUUGCGAGUGGGUUUAGUUAAUAAUAUCAACAGGCUGCUUUCCUGACAUCAUGGACCGGAUAAUUAAAGAUGUCGGGGACAUUCAGUCCAGACUGACAGACCACAGGCCUGUAAUCCAGGGGGAGAUACGCUACUUUGUGAGGGAGUUUGAGGAGAAGCGUGGCUUCAGAGAUGGGCGCUUGCUGGAGAACCUCUGCAGGACGGUCCUGGAGGCCACUGACCAAACCAUGCCGGAAUGUUCUGAAGCCCUGCAGUUGCACCUCCCUGAUGUUCUGACGCGUUUGGAAAUGGCGAAUCACAUGGCACAAAGAGUCCAGCAGAGGGAGCUAGAGGCCCAAGAGGUCAGCAAGUCCAUCACAGAUCAUCCUGUUGUGUGUUUUCUUUUUGAUCAGCUGCAAAGUUUUACUCCUGCUCUUCAGAGCCCUCGGCUGCAGCUGUGCAUGGACAGACACCGGCAGGAAUGGGAGGAGUUCAUGAAGGAGCAGACACUCCUGAAGGAGCAGGUGGAUGAGGAGCACGCCAAGGCUGUGGGCCGCCUCAGUGCCCAAUACAGCGAGAUGAAGAAGGAGCUGACCAAGAUGGCGCAGCUCUGAAGAAGCAUCUUUGCUUCUGUAAUAGUUUGGAGGGUUUUCUGAGCUUAAAUCAGCUUUUUGGGCUGAGGCCCCAGAAAGAUGUACAGGCGAAUAAAGGACUAAUGUGUUCGGUGCAAUUGGUCGCUGUGGACUGAGGCAUCCCUGAGGAGGGGCCUGAACAUGGGUGAGAUUCCAGGAUGUUCUGCUGCCUCUCUGUGAUCUCUGCAUAAUUGAGGUCUUACAGCUUCUGGCGGCACUGCAUCCUGCAUCCAAUAAGCAGCAUCAUCCUACGUCAUGUGGGACGUAGAUCAUUCCGGACUGUGCAGACCGGGUGUCAGUCACGGCAGCCAGCCAGUUACUGACUUAUUUUUAGAAGCCACUUGGGAUGUAUUUGCCCUGAACCAUGUCUGUUUGUGCACUCUGAUGGUCUCUUUGUUACCAAACAUAAUAAAGUUUGGCUUCCGUGCAGCAGGUCUGA